AUGUUUUACCUUUUUAGACAAUUAUUAUUACUAUAUCAUGUUUUUAGGUAUGUAAUCAGUCUUAUAUUUGAAGUAUUGCAUUUGGAGCUGGAUGUAAAUAAGAAAUAUUAGAUGAUAAUGUUUAUGAGAUACAGCAUACAUUCUCAACUUAUUAAACGAUAGGUAUUUGGUUUAGGUGGGAUCCAACACUAAUGGUGAUGAAGAAGUUAUAAAGUUAUAACCCUCGUUAUCUGUUGUAUGUAGAAUAGAUUGAUAUGAAUGUAACAACAUCAUCUGCAAGAUUAUUUUAACAUUUGGAAUAUCAAUAUUUUUUACUUGAACACUAUGCUUAUUAAAAUUAUGCAUCAGCACCAUAAAAUGCUUAGCAUUAAUAAAUUGAGAGAGUUUAUGGUUUUCGAAUUGAUCCAAUGCUUAUGGAAGGGAAUUGGGGUUUUCAUUGUUUUAGCUAUAAUUCAAUUAGUAAAGAAUAUAAAGUUUAUCUUUGGUUUGCAAAAUAAGGAUCAAUGACAGAAGAUUAUAUUUUUGAAUCAAAAGGAUAGAAUUUAGAUAGAUUUCCAGGAACAAAAUAUACUUAUAUUGUAGGAGAUCUGUAGGGUAUGCCUUUUGGUUAAGUAUAUCGAAAAUUUGAUCAUGAUGUAGUUAUGGAGAGGUUUCGUGGUCAUAGAAGUAAAUUAUAUUUUAGUGAUGUUUAUUUGGGAACAUUGACAGAUUUUUUAGCAUUAGAUUAAUUGAGUUGUGAAUUGUAUAAUUAUUGUAAAGCCAUGGGAACAACAAGAGUAUUUGUACCAUUAAUAGAUGGAAUAACAUCUACAUUUCCUUAAGUAUCCACCUAACAUUAUAGAGAAGAAAGAUUUAGUUUUUCUGGAUGGGCUAAGUUGAUAAAGAAUUAUGGUUUAUCAGCAGAUAUAACAGUAAUAAGAGUAGCACUAUAUGAAUUUUAUUCAAAUGAUUAUGUUAUGGGAGAUAGAGUAUUUAUGAUGAGUUAUCAUUAUGAUCCUGAAUAUCCAUCAAAUUCAACAAUAAAAAUAGAUACUUAUUCAUAUGAUUUUCCAGCAUUAUCAUUUUAUACAACAACUUUAUAUGAUACUUAUAAAAAGUAAGGAUUUAAUAUGUUUGAUUUAAUGACUAAAUGGCAUUACUUUAUGUUUGAAUCAGGAAUUCAAUCAGUUAUAUCUAAUGUUAAUAUUAGAAUAAGAGAUGGAUCAAAUUAAGAUCCAAAUUAUUAUGAUAUAAAAUAUAAUUAUUAACGUAGAAAUCAUUUCAAAUCAUCUUAAUUAGUAGUAAAUUUAGGAGGAGAUAAAUUUAGUCCUAGUCCAAUGGUUGGAUUUUUAGCAAAUGUAGCAAUGGAAUAUUGUUUUGAAAAUGAUUAAACGUUUGAAUUUAGUAAAUAUUAUAUAUAAUUUUUUAAAAGGAUGCCAUAAGAUUUGUAAGACAUGUUUUGGUCCUGAUAAAACACAUUGUCUAAGUUGUAAUGAUAUUACAACAAAAGUAUUAAAGAAUAAUGAAUGUUUAUGUAUAAGAAAUUAUUAUGAAGAUGAAAAUAAUUCUUGUUAAAGUAAAUAUUAUAUUUAAUUAUAUAAGCUCAUAAUUUUUAUUUAGGAUCACUUUAAUUAAUAUAAUCUAAUAUUAAUAAUAUAUGUUAAGAAGAUUAAUUUCUAAUUCCAGUAGACACUUAAAUAAUUUGUUAAAAAUGUCCAUCUUCUAAAAGUGAUUUUAGGAUAAUAUGUAGUGAUUGUUUAUUAAAUCAAAAAACAUGGUAUCAAAAUCCAAUAUGUUCAUAAGAUUAUAUUAAAUAAUAAAUAGGUGAUAUAUUUGAUGGAAAUAGUGCUUUUCAAUUACUUUAAAGAGAUAAAGUUGAUUAUGAAUAUUAUUUAAUUUCAAAAGAUGGAAAUUUAAAUCUUUGUGAUGGUUGUUUAGAUAUUGUAACAGAUGAUAGUCAAUUAUAUAUAUAAUAAUAUUAAUUAGAUAUACUUACAAAAAUAUAAUGUAAACCUUGUCAUUAAAUAAUUAAUAAUAAAUGUGUAAAUAUCAAUAUUAAUUGUCUUGAAUGUGAUUAAGAUUUUAAAUGUUUAACUUGUCAAUCAAACUAUUAAUUAUUUAAUUCAGAAUGUAUUAAAUGUCCAAUUCAUGAAUGUGAUACAUGUAAAAUUAAUGAAGGCAAUAUUGAAUGUGCAUCAUGUCCAUAUUCUACUUAUCUUCAUAAUGGUACUUGUAUAAAAUGUGGUUAAAAUUGUUAAAUAUGUGAUCAUUUUAGAUGUCAUAAAUGUAUAGACAUUAACUAAUAUUAUUUAUCACUUGAUGGUUUAAAUUGUUAUCUAAAUCCUAUUCCUAAUUGUUUAAUUGCUUUUGAAAGAGUCAAUGGUUAAAGAACAUCAACUCUUCAAUAUAAUUACCCUUUAUUAUAAAAACAUUAAACUACUAUUAUUGAAUGUGCACUUUGUAAAUCUAAUUAUAUCAAUAAAUUAACAAGUUGUUCAUAUUCUGAUCAAAUGAGUGAUAUAGAAUAGAGUCUUGAUAUUAAUAAUGAUGGUAAUAUACUUUAAUUAGAUAUCUAAAUUACUAAAGCAACUUAAUGUUAAAAUAUUGAGUCAAGUAACAUUAAUAUUGAUUGUUAAAGUCCCUGUUUUUAAUGUGUUUAAUAGAAUUUAUUAAUUUUAGAUGGAUGGAAAUAAUAAUUGGUUCCAUUUUAUUUAUCAUAUUUCUCAUCAUCUAAAUUUGAUAGUUCUACUGAUAUAGUCGAUAGUAAUCUACUUUACAGUAAAGAAUAACUUCAAAUACAUUGUUCUUCUUGUAGAGAAGGAUAUCAAUUACAUAUAACAUAAUGUAUUCCUAUUUGUUCAUCAAAUUGUGAAUGCUAAAUAAUAAAUAAUUAAAAUGUUUGCUAUAAAUGUAAAUCAAAUGAAAGAGGUCAAUAAUUAAGUCUAUUUGAUGGUUAAUGUAUAGAAUGUCCAUAUAAUUGUGCUCAUUGUAAAAAAAGAACAAAUGCAGAAAUCAAAUUAAUUAAUCAGUAUUUUGAUCCAUAAUAUACAGAAUUACUAAUUUAUGGACAUCAAUGUCUCAUCCCUUAUACAGAUACUACACUAUUCUAUGAUAUUGAUAUAGGAGUAUAUGUAGAAUGUUCUACUACUCUUUGUGAAAACUCUAUGAAAUUAAUAAUAAAUUAUUAUUGUGAUCUAACCAGUUAUAAUACUGCCAAAUCUAGUUAUUCAGGAACAUUAUCAGAGUUCUAAAAAUACAAUAUACUCUUGACUGAUUAUGAGUCAUUUUAGCCUUUUUAUGAAACCUAAUUCUUUUAUUAAAUUAUGAAUUAAAGAACUCUUAAAACUAUAUCAUUUGAAGUCUCAUUAAUAUCCAGUAAUGUUUAUUGUGAAUUGCCAAAUAAUUUUACGUUAGUCACUAAUUUAAGAAGAAACAUCUUUACUUUAAUCAAUAUUCCUAUACUUAUUAAAAGCAAUAACAAUUAAUUACAAUUAUUUACUAAAAUAUUUUAAGUCAUUGGAUUUUCAUCUGUUACAAUUUAAAAUCUAUAAAUUACUAAUUUUCCUUCAACUGAUAUUUAGAUAUAUAUUUCUGAUUCUUAUGGAUUUGCUGUCACUAUUCAAGAUAUACUUUUUAGUUGUUAAAAUGUAAAAUUAUCAAUUAUUAUCAACAAUCCAAAAUCUAUUAAAUGUAAUUCACUUACAUUUAAGGAUAUGAUAGUAUCAAAUAGUUAUGGAAUAUUUAUGUAUUAAGGAUUAGAUAUAAAAGAAAUUGUAUAAGUAGAAUUUAUCAAUGUUAAAGUUAUCAAUACAAUACUCACAAACUCUUCUCUUAUUGUAUUAUCACUUUUAGAAACUUUUUAAAAUUAGAAUGUUAAAUUUAAUACCUUUUUAGUUUAAGAUUCAUAAUUUAUUGAAUCUAAAAUCUUAUAAACUAAUUAUUAGACAUCUACAAGAUAGGCUAUUGUAUAAUUAAAUUAAUUGAAGAUAAUAAAAACAACUUUUAUAACUUCUACAUUUCUUACUUUUGAAGGAUUCCUUAAUGUUAAACUAAUUGAUUGUUAAUUAGAAUAGAGUUCUUUUAAAGAAGGUUCUAUUUGGUUAUUACUUCCAUUAUUUUAAUUAUAAAAUAUAAAAAUAAAUGAUAAUACUCUAGAAACAUCAAAUGAUAGAUUUAUUACAAAUAAAGCAACUGUAGCAUAUUCCGAUUCUGAUAAUGAUCAAAACUCUAUUUAGAUUUAAAAUCUAAUAUUUGAGAAUAAUUAAUUUGCAAGUGGAAAAGCAUUCAUAGAAAUCUAUUAGGAUGUUUUUAUUGGAUUAUCUCUAGACAUUAUUGAUUUAAACAUACAUUUAAAUUAAUUGUUUGGAUCAUCUAAUAAGUAUAAAUAGAGAAAUAUAGUUUCUGAAAAUUCUACAAUUUAUCUUGAUGUUCUUAAAAUUUAACUUAGAAAUGUAGAUAUUAUAAGAAAAUAAUCAUUUCCUGAAUUAGCAAUUCUUAAUAGUAUAGAUGUUCAAAUAAUCAAUUUGAAUGCUCGACAUUCUGAAUUUAAGACUACAUUCUUACAUAAUGCAUAUUUAUGUGCAGAAAGAUCAAUAUUCUUAUAAGGAUAUACAGCAUUGAUGUAUAUAUAUAAUGCUAAGAAUAUAAAAUUAGAAAAGAUAUAAUUGAAUAAUUUAAGAAGUGUAAAUUUACCAUUAAUUUUGAUAAAAUCAUCAGACAAAAUGAAAGUGAGAUAAAAUGAAAAUAUUAUAAUCUAAAACAGUUAUUUCUCACAAAAUUUGUUACUCUUAACUGCAAUAAGUGAAUAAUAAGCAAUAAUAUAAAUCAGUUCAGAAUAGUAUUAAAAUGUAAUCAUAAAAAAUGUAACUUACUUUCAUAAUUACUAACAUAGUUAUAUUUAAGAUUUAUCAUUUAUUUCAUCCUCUACUAUCUUGUUCUCUAGUCCUUAUUCAACUAUAAUAAUGGAAGAAGUAACUUUUGAAAGAAAUAUGAUAACAAAUGGAUAGAACUCAAAUUUAGUGUUGAAGUGUUUAACUAUUGUAAUUAUGAAUUGUAGUUUCUUACAAUCUAAUUUUCCUCCUUUAGAUACUAUUCAAUAAAACAUAUAUUGGGGUAUCUAAUAAGAUUAAGUUUUAUACUUUGAAAAUUAUACUCAAUCAUUCCCUAUCUAUUCUUAAGGAGGUAGUGCAUAUUUAUCAGCAAAUUCAUUAGAUAUUUAGAAUGUAUUGGUAUUAGAAUCAAGAUCAUAAAAAGGAGGAGCUUUUUACAUAGCACCUGUAUAAAAUGGAAUUAUUAAUAUUUAAAACAUAACCUUCUUAGAUUGUAGGGCAAGUUUGGAAAAAGUAUCAUCUGCUUAAGGAGGUACAAUCUAUAUUGAUGCCUCUUUAUCUUAAUUAGAUAUUAAUAUUACAAAUGCUUAAAUUAUUAGAAGUUAUAGUAGAAGAGAGGGAGGUGUAUUUUUUAUUAAUCCAUCAAAAGUCAAAAAUUUAAUUAGAUUGAUCAAUAUUAUUGUAAGUGAAUCCUAUUCUUUGUUUUAUUCAUUUAUAAAAAUACCAUAUACUUCUAGUGUUGAUGUUUAUUUUGAAAAUUUAGUUGUAAGUAACACCUAUUCAGGAUUUAAAGAUUAUCUUGGAUUACUAUUUUAUUUAUCAGAAAUAGAACUGAGUACAUUUUAAAAGAGUUACUUUAUUUCUUUGAUGGGUAACAUAACUAUUUAUAUGAGUACUAUCUCAAAUUAAUUUAGUGGAUUAUUUGAAAUAUAAUCAGGAUAAGCAAUCUUUAAAUAAAUGAGUAUUUCAAAUUGUUUAAUAUAUUCACAACCAAUGAUGAUCUUUACUUUAGUAAAUUUAUUGAGUUUCUAAAAUUUUAGAAUGUUUAAUAUUUCAAUUCAUUAAUAUGAUGAAAUACCUGUUCAAUCAUUAGAAAUAACUUAUUAAGCUUUGUAAAUGGAAUGUACAUAAGAAACAUCCAAACCUUCCUAUCUUUAUGAUGGCAUAAAUAGUUCUAUUAUAAAUUAUUAUGGAUAACACAAUAUCAAAAGUAUUAGUCAAAGUUUCAAUCAUCCAAACUGUUUGAUUUAAAUUGAUUCCAUUUAGAAAGAUUAUAAAAUCGCUUAUAAAGAUAGUCAAUUCUAGAUGAUAAGUUGUCCAAAUUGCUAGAAAGCCUUAAUACUCCAUACUUUUAAAGCCUAUUAUGAUUUGGGUGUUAAUAUAGUUAAAAUUGAGAAUAUUAAAUUCAAUAAAAACAUUUGUGGAUAUAGUUGCUUUGUAUUUCUAUAAUAGAAUAAUAAUAGAUUGCUUGCUUUAAGUUCUUCAAAUAAGGAAAAACUUAUCUAUACUGUUUCUGUUAAAAAGAGUGAAUUUCAUUCAAACAUUGGUUAUAAUGGUGGAGUAUUUUAUGUGGAUGAUAUGAAUCUCCUUAUUGAUUCCUGUAUAUUCAAUUAUAAUCAAGCCACUUAAUCUGGAGGUGUUGUUUACUUUAUCUCAAAAUCUGCAACAUUCAAUAUUUACGAUUCUGAUUUGACAUCCAACACUGCCUAAAUUGGAGGUGCAUUCUAUUUAAAUAAUUAUACUCUAAAUUCUCCAGAUAGACUCAAUCUACAUCUUAUAAAUAAUUAAGCUAAUAAAUACGGUAAGAAUUAUGCUGAAUAUCCCUCAUAAUUAACAGUAUCAUUGGAUGGAGAAAAGACCCAAUUAGAAAAGAAAUUGAUUUUUUCAAAUUCAACUACUAUCAUUGAUUUGAUAUCAAUAUAACCCUAUUCUUUCAAUAAUCAAACUAAAGAUUUCAUUGUUUUACCAAGUGGAUAAGCAAUUAGUAAUUACAAAUAUUAUAAUGAGACUACUCAAUAAUUUGUAUCAUACAAUUUGACAUUUCGUAUAUUGGCUUUGAAUAAAUAAUACAACAAAAUUCAAAAUUUAGAUAAUACAAAAUGUUCAAUCAGAUCUUAUCUUGUAUCUAAAUAAACUUCAAAUUAAGAGAGUCCUAAAAUUUUGUCAGAAUAAACCUCAAGCUUCACAAAUUUAAAAGAAGUUAAAUUUGAUACUGAAAAUUAGGAUUAUAAUCUAGAUGAUAUGAUUAUUUAUUUUGAUCCAACUAAAAAUUCUGAAUAAGUCUUAUAAUUAGAAUUUGUUUGUGAUUCAGUCAGGAUACCUAUAUUUAAUUCAGAACCUCCAUAUUUAUUAAAUAAAUUAAUAGAAGAUUAUCGUUUGAGAGUAAAUGUUCAAUCUCUAGAUUGUCAAUUGGGUGAACAAAAAAGAUUAGAUGAUGGUACAUGUGUUGUGUGUGAUUCAACACUCGAUUAAUAUUCAGUUUAAGCAGGUUAAUAAUGUUAAACAAGAGACUCAACAUCUACUGAAGCAGUAACUUCAGCAAGUGUGAAAUUGAGAGCUGGUUUUUGGAGACCAUACUCAUACAGUGUUAGAAUAGAAUAUUGUUUGAAUAUGGAAAUUAAUUGUGAAGGAGGAUGGAUACCAGGUAAUCCUUCUUGUUUCACUGGACAUAUUGGAGCAUUAUGUGAAUAAUGUGAUGUUUAUAAUAUAGAAGGUAAAGGAUCUUGGUCAAUGAGUGGAUAAUAUAAAUGUGGUAGUUGUGAUUAAAUAGGUGACAAUACUAUUAAAGUAGCAUUAGUAAGUGCAUGGACUAUUAUAUCAAUAAUGUUGUCAGUUAAAAGUACAAUGGAAAUGGUUGAAAACAUGGUUAUGGGAAAAAAGUUAUAGAAAUUUUAUGUUGAAAAUCCAAAAACUGGUUAUGGAGGUAUUCUGAUUAAAGUUUUGACAAAUUAUUUAUAGAUUAUAGGAGUUGUAGCUACAUUCUAACUAUCAUUGCCUAGUGCUUUAUCUGAAGCAUUCAAAACAGUUGGAACUCCUGUAGAAUCAAUGAGUUAUUCCUUGGAUUGCUUUCUAAUUCACAUGACAUAGAUAGAUAUUCUUUAUUUUAGAAUGAUAUGGGCUUUAAUAAUGCCUCUAAUCUACAUACUCACAUUCUCUAUACUUUAUAUAAUAGCAAUCAUUGUUGGAAUUGUAAUUCCAAAUAAGAGUGCCAUCAGUACUACUCUUAUAUACUUGUUUACAUUUUUACAACCUACCUUAUUAGGAGGGUUCAUUUCUUUGCUAUCUUUUAGAUAAAUUUCAGACAUUUAUUGGAUUCAAGGUAAUGUCUCUUACAGAUACGAUACAAGUACUCAUGUGAAAUGGUUAAUUACCUUCGUUUUACCAUCGGCUUUGAUGCUAGGAUUAAUCAUACCAACUUACUUGUUUCUUAAUUUAUAUAAAAUUCGAAGUAAAUUGGAUGAUGAAAACAACAGGAAAAAUUGGGGUUAUCUUUAUAAUGAAUAUUAACCUAAAGCAUACUUUUGGGAAAUUGUUAAAGUCUAUUAGAAAAGUUUUAUCAUUACAUUUCUUACUUUUUAUGAAGAUUUAAUCAUUAUUAAAGCUGCUUUAGUAUUUAUUAUUGUCUUCAUUUACUCAGGAUUAACCAAAAAAUAUAGACCUUAUAAAUUACCAUUUCUUAAUUAAAUAGAUGAUAUUAGUACACUAGUAUGUGGAACAUCAAUUGUUUUGGGAAUGACUUUAUAUUCAGCAAAUUUAACCAACAAUUAAGAAAUUAUUUGGCCCUUUUACAUUCUUUUAAUUGUUAUUAAUGCUGCAUUUAUAUUGGUAAUUUUAUGGGAAAUUCUAUGGGCAAAUCUAGAAAAUCAAUAGGCAGCUUUGGAUAAAUUGAGAGAUAAACUUAAUUCUAAAUUUCCAAAUUUAGUUAAUAAAAAUUGGUUAACAAAAAGACUCUUUACUAACAGAGGAGAAUAAAUUUUGAGAGUCAAAAGAAGAUGGAAAAUGAUUCGCAAUUAUUUGUUUGAUAUAGUAAAAAAAUAAGGCUUAGUUUAAACUGAAGAUCUGUAAUUUUAUCAUCUAAUUUUUUAGUGAGAGCAAUUUAGAUUAAAAAAGUGGAAGUUUACCAGGUAUACCUAAAUAUUAUAAUAAAAUAUAUCCAGAGAACUUCAUUGAUCAUUUUGGAUCAGAUCUAGAAAUGUCAAUUUGA